AUGAAGCUCCUAGUUUUUAUCAUCUUUUUCCUGGCACAGUCAUUGGCUGAAGACUUGAUAAAGUGCGGGACGCAGAAGGAAGGCCUGCAAGUGGGAGAGAAGAUGGAGGGGGGCCUUCAGGCCAAGGUCGGGGCAUGGCCUUGGCAAGUCUCCCUCCUGAAGACGUCCGACUUGGAGCUGUUCUGCGGGGGCUCCAUCCUGAACAAGUACUGGGUCAUCACGGCAGCCCACUGCUUCAAACCGAGGAACAUCGAGGAGCCCGGGACGAUCAAAGUGGGCCUUGGAAUCCACCAGCUGGAUAAACCCAAAGAGUGGACGGUGUACAAGAGCCCGAAAAACAUCUUCGUGGACGAGCGCUUCGACCCCACCAAGGGGAAGCACGACAUCGCCAUGCUGCAGAUGAGGGAGCCCAUGGAGUUCGGGGACUAUGUCAGGCCUGUGUGCUUCCCAGACAACAGCACCUUCGCUCCGGAGGAGUGGGUGUCCUGCCACGUGACGGGCUGGCGCUUCGUCAAUGGGGGCAAGGCGGACGAACCCAGAGUCCUCCGCCAGGCACCCACCCGCCUGAUCCCUAGCAAGACCUGCAACCAGUCCGACUGGUACAACGGCACGGUCGACGAGGGCAACUUCUGCGCUGGCUGGGCGGGCCGGUGCCAAGGGGACGGCGGGGGCCCCUUGGUGUGCCUCCUGCCCAAUUCUGAACGCUGGAUCCUGAUCGGGAUCAUGAGCUGGGGAUCGGGCUGCAAUCUGCCCAAGAGGCCCGUCAUCUAUACUUCCACCAAGCAAAACCUGGACUGGGUGAGGAUGACCAUGGAAGAAAGCAGGAGAGGAUCCGACCUGAAAGAGUUCGGCUCCGAAUCCGAAAUCAGAACCAGAAUGCUUUCCUCCAAGGCACGGAUCCGCAGUGGAUGUGGCGUCUUCGGGACCCUGCUUCUCAACCUGAGCUCCUUCAUCCCGGUUCUUCUGAUUGGAUAA